AUGGGUGUUCUGGACAAAGAGAUCGAUUUCCCCAGAGGUGGCGCUCCUAUUGUUCCCAAAUCACGUGCAGAGAAAUCGGGAACUUCACAAAAAUCUCAUAAUGAAGAAAAUCAGUUAUUUGGUGUGACCAAGAAGCGAAAAUCCAGAGGAACAGCGGGAACGUCUUCAGAGGUACCUGCUAAGAAAAGAAUAAUAGAGGAAAAAGCGGCAGUAUGGAGCAAACCGAUCUCACUGGAUCUUCUCACAGAAGGAGUUAUGGGUCUUGGUGUUGUCAUAGAGAUCCAUGAAGACUAUGUACUAAUGGAAACGGCGGAUUCAUGUCGUGUCAGAUUACCUGCUACUCAGGUGUCCAAAAAGUUCACAGAUAUGUUGAAACAGGAAAAGGUUUCUUUGGAAUCCUCAUUUAUUAUUGGGCAGUUGGUUCCAUUCCGUGUAAUACAACGGAGUUCACAAAUAGAAGUAAAGAAACGGAGCUUAGGUGGUAAGAAAAAGACCACUUCUCUGCCAAUUGUAAGCUGUGAUCCGACGAAGUUGAAUGCUCAUUUGUCUCCUGCAACACUCAUUCGCGGGCUCGUGUUACAUGCUACCGUAGAAAGUGUGGAGGAGAAAGGAGCAUUGCUCGAUAUUGGACUUCAGUCCGUGCAGGCUUUUCUUCCUGGAAAAAACCAACAACGCCCUGUUGAACAAGGUCAACCUGUUCUUGUUCGUGUUGAUUCCACGAAAAGCUCCAGAGUCAUAGUGGUCACUUCAUUUGUAGAACAGGAUAACCUCAGCUUGGAAGCAUGCGAAAAUCUGCAGUUGAACCACCUUAUGCCUGGUACGAUCGUCGAAUGCGAACCGGAUCCAGAGCCCGCAGUUACUGCGGGGAUUUACGUAACUCUAGGAAACGGUGUUCGAGGUUUCGUCGCUAAAAGUCAUCUACCACCUCGCCUACGCAGUGAUAUUACUCGAGUUGGACGUGCGCUGCGGUGUGUAGUGAUGUUUUGUCAGCAGAACACUCCGUUGCUAGUUUUAUCUGCACAUCCAGAUAUUGUUGCUAUUAGCAAGCCUGAGAAGAGGUCUUCGUUUCUGGGCUAUAGUAUUGGCGAUCGUGUAAAAUGCACUGUGAUCGAUGUCGUACCUCAAACGUUCCUGGUGUGCUUUUCGUUACCCGUUACAGAUGACAGUAAAGUUCCUCUGGUGACUGCAAUUGCCUACAAAAAAUAUCUCAAUAAGCCAGAGGAAAUAGAGUCAUUCUACUCGAUCGGAUCUGAGCAUAUGUGCCGCAUAAUGAAUUUCCGUUAUGCCGACCGAUGUAUGAUAGUAUCUACUCGAAAAGAUAUGCUUGCUCAGAAGGUUGUAUCGUACAAGGAUGUUGUACCAGGUGAACUAAUGGAUGCUAAGGUGACUGACAUUCACCCACGCGGGGUUCAAGUAUCGAUUUGUGAGACUGUAAAAGGCUUCAUUCCCGCUGAUCAUGCAUCCGACAAAGCGGUUGCAUUGGAGAAAGCUUUCCACGUUGGGUCCACUGUCAAGUGUCGUGUAUGGUUUGUAAACGAAGAGAAGAAACAAGCUUGGUUAACGGCUCGUCAGUCUCUUGUUAAUUACAAGGGGACGCUAAUAUCGUCCUACGAUUCUAAAUAUGAAGGCGCCAUCAGUGUCGGUAUCAUCGUGAAAGUCCUGCCCACAGGAGGAGCUCUUCUUCAGUUCUUUGGAACUGUUCGAGGACUUUUGGCGGCUAACGAAGCGAGAAAACUGGGAAAUGAAUUAAAAAUGGGACAAGUUUUGGAAGUACGAGUCACUUCUGUGGAUCCUCUGGAGAAAAAAAUGGUCCUUGCUCUACUGGAUGAUUCGCAGGUUGCUUCAGGUCAUGUUCUACAUCCCAAGGAAGUUGAUUUUUGUUCGGACGGUAAGCACGUAUUCACUGCGGUGAUAGACGAAGUAACCGAGUCUUUGGUGGGAGGACGUAGAUCCGAGAGAGCCAUGAUUCGUCUCGAAUCUCAACCUUCGAUUAAAGGCUCUUUGGCGGCCAAUCUCGUGUCUGAUUCACUGGAUUCGCCUGUUGAGACUAUGGGCAAAGUUUUUCGGUCUGGGAUGAAAGUACACCCUGUUUCACCACUUGGAAGUCUUGGUGGAAUGAAUCGGUUCACAUCGAAGCGUCUAGUCUGCGCUUGGCUCGAAACCUUCCGAAUGAACGUCCCGAAAUCGUUUGAUGACCUGAAGCAAGGCCAGAUCGUUUGCGGAAUCAUUCUACAACGUGUGGACGAUAAUAACUGUCUUUAUGUUGAGUUAGCAGGAGGAGCUGGUUUAAUUGGAAAAGUGGCCUAUGUAGACGUAGAUGAAGGAUUGGAGGGAGCGUCUAGAUUGCAAAUAGGCCAAACUGUAGUAGGACGGAUCCGUAGCAUACAUCACGAGAAAAAGACUUUCCGCGUUAGUCUGAAGCUAGCGGACUGUUCACCUGGUGAACAUUUGCCAUCGAAUUCUUUCUCUCCAUCCGCUUCUCUAGCUCUACACCUGCUCAGGUGCUGUGUUGAAGAAAUUUGUGUGUUUGCUCAGUGGUCGACUGUGAAACUACCGGCACCAGGUUCCCAUGUUGUCGCGACUAUUUCUCAGAUCGUUGACGAAGUUCUUUUUGUAACGUUCAACGGCAAGCAAACGGGUUUUGUUCGUAAAGGGAACCACAACGAUGACGUUAAGGUUGGCAACAAAAUCAAAUGUGUUGUUAUUGACUACGUGUUCCCUCGCAAUGACGCAGAAUUGGUCAUGGUAGACUCUGCCGACGUAAAGGUAUCAAAAGCAAAGAAAAAACGAGAGGAGAGCGAUUCCAUGUGUCGCGUUGUGUUGGUGAAACGUGAUUAUAUUUGUGUGCUGCCAAGUACUAAGAAGUGCCUGGUCUUUGUACCAUCGAGAUUCCAUCCAAAUCAAGUUGUUGAGGUCAAGAAUGCACGUGUAUCUGUCGGGGAUAAUGUGAAAAUAAGUGAUCCCAUCUCACUGUCGGAUAACUUGUGCAUUGGUUUCCUUGAUGGUGAUGCGAAUCUUAUUUCGAAGUUAUUCCCAGCACCGAAACUACAAACAUUUCCAGGGAAGAGGUCAGAAUCCAAAGAUGAUCAGCACGAAGACAGUCGUAAAAAGACGAAAUCUGAACUGGGACUUCGUACUAAAAGUGUAAAGAAUCUCGGAGUGUACACUGGUGUUGUAGUUGGACCAUGGAAUAGCGACGACCGUAACGACCACGGCAAAUUGGCUGUUGAGAUUGAAUUACCUGGAGGCAAUAUCGGCCGUUUGCACGCAUCUGAGCUCCCUUCUCGACUCUUAAUGGAACAUUCAUCUCCUCUCGAUGAGUUUAUCAGGAGAAAUCUCAAGAAGAACGUUGUCGUGAAAAUUAUAAAUUUUGUUGCGAUUAAAAAAGGCGAUCAAAAGGUGCGUGUCGCUGAGUUGACAAUGGCAGAAUCAAAAAUGUCGGAGUCGCGUAAGAAAGCAAGUGCAGUGGCAUUCCAAACGGUUUUCAGUCAAGGAGAUGUGGUCAGAUGUUUUGUGUCGCCUCAUCAAAAUGGAAAGAAUAAGAAUAUUCGAGUAGAGGUGAAUCCGCUGUGGUCGGGUCAGAUCGCUCACGAAGCAGUUAGUGAUGACUUGAAGGUCAAAGCACCUGAACACGAUGGUGAAGUGUUUGAAUAUCUUCCAAAGGCGGGCGAAAUGCGAAUGGCUAAAGUGUUAAGCGCUGUGAAGAAGCCGAAGGCUCACAGACACGGAAUACUGACUUUGGCCUUUGACAUGCAAGCUGAUACGAAGACAUUCGAGCCUGGUCAACGACUCACAGCAAGAGUGACUCAUGUGAACCACAAUCCGUUGUCAGUGCAGUUCCAUCUUGCUAAUGGACAACAAGCUGUAUUGUGUGCAACAGCCAUUGCGAACAAUUACGAAAAAGUUCAUCUUCAUAUGGAGCAUUUCAAGAGAGAUUCUAUAUUCCAUCUCUAUGCUCUUCGAAAAGAACAUAAUCCAAUGAGGAACUACGUCGUCGCUGAGGGCCGAUAUGAGUCAUACUUGAAGCAAAAAGAAAACAACAAUUUUUCCGAAUCUCGACGUUUGAUUGUCGACCGAAAAGAAGUUGUGCCCGGUCUAACGUGCGACGGAUUUGUAGUGAAGCAUAUGCCAGAUGCUAUCUUCGUUGAGAUUGGACCUGGAAUUCUCGGACGAAUACGAAAGAUUCAUUAUCCAGAAAUUACGACCAUCCCCCUCAAUUCGAUUAUUACUGUGAAGGUGCGCAAGAUUGACGCUCAAGGACGAAUCUCUCUGGCUCUCGUAACUAUUGUUGUUCAGGCAGAGACUGCUGUAAAAGAUAGGAAGCGCUUAAAGGAGGAAGAUGUAGAUAUUAUUCCGACAAAAUAUAAGAAACAGGAUCCACUUCCAGAAGCGGAGAAAAUCCCGCUGCCUGAUCCAGGAUUUGAUUGGUCCAAUACUGGGUUCCGUCCAGAAGAUUUAGCUGCAGUAGGAAAGUUGGGCGACGACGGAGGGGCUGAGGGAAUAACCACCGAUAAUCUGGAUCAUGCUGAUGAGCCAAAGAAACUCACUGAAGUCAAGAAAGAACGUGUAAAAGACGUCAAGUCUAUGACCAAGGAGGAACAUGACAUGGAAAAAGAACGACGACUGAUUCACAGAGAGGUUGAACUGUCAGGUGAUCUGCAACCAGAGACUCAAGAAGACUUUGCUCGUUUGUUGAGAAAGGAUCCGAACUGUGCAGAGCUUUGGAUAAGGUACAUCUCUUUCUUCCUCGAAAAAAAUGAUCUCACCAAAGCACGUGCUACAGCGGAACGGGCUCUUACAGUCAUUAAUUAUAGGGAAGAAGCCGAGAUUUUUAAUAUUUGGACAGCAUAUUUGAAUAUGGAAGUGGCAUAUGGUGAUGAAGUUACAACCAAGGAAGUAUUCCAACGAGCGUGUAGCAAUGCGGAUUCGCUCAAAGUACACAAACAGAUGGCCGCUAUUUUUUCGGAAGCCGAUAAAGUUGAGGAAGCGGACGAAAUCUACGAAACCAUGGUGAAAAAAUUCCGUGCGAAUUCAGACGACGUGUGGACGCUGUUUGGUGAACAUUUGAUGUCAACAGAUAGGGCUGAGAAAGCGCGUGAUUUAAUGAAGAGAGCGCUCACUAGCGUACCCAAGCAACGGCAUGUUCCUCUUAUCAGUCGAUUCGCACAAAUGGAAUUUCGCAAAGGGGACCUUGAGCGAGGUUGUACUCUGUUCGAGAGCUUGGUAACAGCAUAUCCAAAAAAGACCGACGUCUGGAUAGUUUAUGCAGAUCUGUGCCUGAAGCAUUCGGGAAUUGAAGCUGCCAGGCAAGUUUUGGAAAGGGCCUGUGCUCUGCCGCUAAGCAUUCACAAACUUCGCCCACUUUUCCGAAGAUGGAUGGAAGCUGAACAACGCCACGGCGAUGAGAAAUCGCGACAACUUAUUCGAGAGAAGGCUGAGAAAUUUCUGGAGUCUAGUCUUGAUGACAUGGGAAACAUUGAAAAUCUCAACAAAAAAAUGGUCACUAGCGACUCAUCGCUAGUGAUCGACUCAUCGUCACCCUAUGGACGGAUUGGUCCAGCUCCUCCCACACCAUCAUCACGCACACAUGCACUAUUUUCUUUGUCGCGGUUCAGGAGCAGGCUUGGCACGGAAAUGAAUGAGAUUAUUCCAAAUCUAUAUUUGGGUAGCCUUCGAGAUGCGACUGAUGUCGACCAAUUGAAAAAGCACAGAAUUCAGUACAUUGUAUCCGUGCACGAUUUGACAGCGCAUCAUCCCGCUCAUGAAAACCUCAAGGUCCUUAAAAUUCAACUCUCCGAUUGCUCCUCCGCUGACAUUUCAUCACAUUUCGCCACAACCAAUCAAUUCAUCCAUAACGCUCGUCUGAAGCAGGCGGCCGUGCUUGUACAUUGUCUGGCUGGUGUUUCGCGCAGCGCCACGGUGGUUGUUGCAUACUUGAUGACACUGUGUGAUAUGUCAUUUUUUAACGCGCUCACGUUCUUGUCAAAAAAGAGGCCUGUGAUCAAUCCAAAUUUUGGGUUUCGGAUGCAGUUGUGUACUUUUGCUGAUCGAAAUAUGUUGGCUGAGCGACAACGACUUCGGGAACAUUUCGGAGCGCUUGCGUUUGACGCACAAUGGGCGGUGGAUAGGGCGGUCACUCGCUCCAAGAGUGAUUUGCUACAUGAUGAAACCCGUCUAAUGCAAGCAUCUGUUCCACUUUCAUUGCCUGCGGCGGUUCCUGUAGCUCUACAAAAAUCUUCUGAAGGUGAUUUCCCACCAAAAUCUGAGUCAGUUCGUGCAGAGAAUGGAGAUAGUCUGAAAACACACCUACUACCUAUUCGAAAAGUGAUCGCACGUGCUCUGCCACUUCCACAGUCUAUGCGAGUUCAGUUGUCCUCUCUUGUACAUAAUCCUUCUGUUCCGGAAUUGGGUUUCAUAGAUGAGUAA